CGGCUUCAGUCCCAGCAUAAAUUGCACUUCGCCUGCACGGAUCGCGCAUGAAUAUUCUGCCCAGCAAUCUGGCCAAGUGACCAAGCCAAUUUCGGGAGCAGGGGCCUGGGACCAGUGUCAUAUGCCCGACACUCGGUGCAGCGAAAUGUAAAAUACCCAUCUAAACUACCGAUAAAGGUAACCAUGAGAGAUUGGAUGAAAACGAGUGCCAUUAGCCCUCUAACGAAAUAUAAAAACUAAAAACCAUCUAAACCAUAAGCGAGGAAAAGGGGUGCGAAUACCUCCCAACCGAUAUACCCAGCGUGCCUCUGGGCACUGUCACUGUCAUUUGCGUCGCAGCGCUGCCGCCGUCCGCGUCCGCGUCGCUUUGCCUGGCCCAGUGUUUCCGCUUUCUUUCGCCUCGUUGUAAUGUUACUUUUAGUUUGAUGUCGGAGCCUCGACGAGCCGGUCGUAAGCGAAAUCGUAAGCGAGACUUUAGUGCGAUUCCGCUCCGUUCCGCCGGUUGUGUGUGCGUGCUUAGUUCGAGCUGAGGCGAAGCAGAAGCAGAAUCGGAAUCAGAAUCCAGCGGAAUCGAGAAUCAAAAUCGAAACCGAAAGUGGUUCUCCGCGUGUGCGAGCUAGUGUGUGUGUGUGUGUACGUGUUGUGUUUGGGCCCGCUUUUCUGCUUUUCUACCCCCGAAAAAGCAAAGCACAGCAUAAAACUGUGCGCUCGUAAGCGCGUACGUGUGUCUAUGUGCCUCUGUGUGAGUGCUAGUGUAUGAGUGCGACCAGGGGAAAGGAGGCAAAGAAAAGAAAACCAACCCCCACCAGCGACGGCGGAGAACAGGAAAACAACAACAGAAGGCACACAACCAGCGCACCACCACCAUCAUUACCAUUACCGCCACCACCCACUACAACACUUCGUCAUCGUUUCGCGUUGUGCAGAAAAUAAUUACAAAAAAGAAAAGAAAUAGAAUUGCAAGUAAUAUUAGCGACCGAUCGAGUUUUAGUGCUAAAGCGAUUCGAAAGAUUGUCUUGCUUAAACCAAAAGGGCCCCUCGAGGCCCUAGAACUACUAUCCAUUACCCCGCCGAUCAUCCCGAUCCUGACAUGAUGAACUUCUCCGCGUUCGGCGGCCCCUUCUCCGGCAUCCACCAAUUUGCCGCUAAAUUCGACGCCCAGACGCCGGGCGCCUUCGGCACGCCCCCCGCGGCUGCCGCGAAUGCAGCAGCCGCAGCGGCAGCGGCCGGCACCGAUAACCAUGUGCAGCGAUAUCAGACCAAUGGCAAUCACUUUAAUCAGAAUGUGCCCAACGUUUCGGCUGCCAACAACAUGCAAUAUGGCCAGAAUAUCUCCAUACCGUACUCACAGCCGCAGGGUGAUCUAAACUUUCUCAAUGCAGCCGCUGCGGCCGAUCAUAAGGGUAAAAUCCAUCCAAAAAUCGAACGUGACCGGGAAGAAGUCCUCAACCAGCAGAUCCUGCAGAAUGUCAACCAAUCCUGGCAGACGUUGGCAAAUACGGCCAACACGGUGGACUACUCGUCACACCUGCUCUCCGCCACACUGCCCAUCUCCAUACAGCACUUCCUCAAGUACUCGGAGACGAUCAAGAAGGAGUCCACCGGCGAUGUCCUGAAGAACGGCACCAAUUUGGCCAGCCUGGCGCUGGGGGGCGUGGCCCUAACGCCCAGCAACAACGGUGCGAAUGGCGGCCACCACAACGGACUGGUGGGCAUGGACCAUGGCGGUCACAUGACCAACAUGACGGACGCCAACGGAGCGGCGCUGACGAACGGAGCUAGCAACGGAGUGAAUGGCAAUGCUAACGGCACUGUGACCAAUGGUGGCGCCGGCGCCGUCUCGAGCUCCGGAUCUGUGGGCACAACAAACGCCAGCGGCGGCACAGGCACGGCCAGCGGCAAGAAGACCAAAAAGAAGAAACCACCAAAGGAGAAGAAGCCGCGCCCCAAACCGGGAGAAAUCCGCGAGACAAAGGCGCUGGAUGGCUCGACGCUCUACUGCUGCCCGGAGUGCCAAAUGGCCUACCCGGAUCGCAGCCUCAUCGAGCAGCACGUCAUCUCGCACGCCGUUGAGCGGCGCUUCGUCUGCGACAUCUGCAAUGCGGCGCUGAAGCGCAAGGACCACCUGACCAGGCACAAGCUCUCCCACAUACCGGACAGGCCGCAUGUGUGCAAUAUCUGCAUGAAGUCCUUCAAGCGCAAGGAGCAGCUCACUCUGCACAUUGUCAUCCAUUCCGGCGAGAAGAAGCAUGUUUGCAUUGAGUGUGGAAAAGGUUUCUAUCGCAAGGAUCACUUGCGCAAGCACACACGAUCGCACAUCGCCCGGCGUGUCAAGUCGGAGGUGUCGGCGCAGAACGUUAACGGAUCCGCCGGAGGCGGUGGCGGCGGUGGAGGCGGCAACAGUGCGCAGAGCAACGCGCUGCACGGCUCCUGAGGAUCGUACAAGGACUUCUGGUAAACUCCCAGCCGAAUUUCAAGCCAUAAGGGGCGGCCAGCCUGCUGGCGGCGGUGGACAGGUGGUGUUCGUAUACGGAUACGACUGACUGCCGCCGGGAGCAGGCGAGCUGCCUUUGAAAUUCGCUGGGGGCUUACCGGGGGUCCUGCUGAGCGUCACCCAACUCCAAUUACAAUAACCCUCAAUAAACACGAGUUAUACUUACUGUAUGCAAGUAUUAGUACGAUUUUGUUUACAACACUUUCAGUUCUUUAGCUUUAGUUCUUUCAGUUGAGAUUUUCGCACAAACAGUCGAGCAAAGUAUAGCAAUCGAAAUGUACAAAUCAGCAGAAUGACAGAUUUAAAUUCGAGUUUAGUAUGCGCAUAUGUUAAGGGAAGAAAACGCUGCUUAAACGUCGCUUUCGUUUCUUUUUGGGGAUCUGUGAUCUGUAGUCGCUGCAUAAACUAAAAACAAACGAGACGAUCGUAGGCGGUCGACAGCUGUUCUAAGAAUAAGUUAAUAUGUCUGCAACCGAUUUAAUUAUAUAUGUGCAAUUUAUAAUCCUUUUGAUUUGCCUUUUAGUUGCCCUCACGGCGCAUUUGUUCACUACAUUUAAUGCUAAAUGUGUUUUCCCCGCCGAGACAACGGGGGAAAUUGAAUUCUUAUUGAAUUAUGCACACUUUUAAGGAAGUAAGAAGCUCUACAAGCGAAAUUUGUACUUCUAGUCUUGUAUUUUAUUUUACCGAUAGGCAUAGAGCGAAACCCGAUACGAGGUCAUGUAAUCUUAAGCUUUUAAACUUGAAUGUUCAAAGGAAAACCUUCGACGCGAGUCACACCAAACACUAAACAGAGAGCCGCAAUACGAACUUGCAUCUUGGCAUGCCCAACUUCCAGCCAUCGUCAUUGCUUGCAACUGCAAUAGCCAACAGUAGACCUAUAUCCCGCUUACCAAUCAAUACCGAUACUGAUACUAAUACAAGUACAGAUACAGAUACAGAUACAGAUACUGAUACCGAUAACUGAUAACCACAAAUAGAGUUAAGAGCCACGUAUACAGAUACAGCAGCAAUAGCCAUAGCAUUGCAGAUAGCACGGGUCAACAAAUCCAACAGAAUCGCUAAACUUAAACGAGCAAUUGCAAAUGCAACAGCAACAAUAACCGAAAACACAACUGUAUAAAAGGAUAUUUUUAUAUAUAAAUACAAAAGAGAGAGCAUAUGAAAACCGAAUAGGAAUAAAGGCAUAAAACAAUAACCGAAAUAAAGUGCAAACACUUCGAGCAAGUGACAACGUAAUUUACUGUUCAAAUACAAAGCAUUUUGAGAUUAACGAUUAACGAUAAAGUAAACGAUUUAACAGAUCCAAAAGAAUACAUAGCAAUGCGACAUAUUGCAAAACCUUGUAUAGUUAUACGAAGCUUCAAACUAAAUACGCUAGCCUACAGAUACACGCAUAUAAAUACGGAUGCAGAAUCAGAUAUUGUAAAGCGAACACUCAGCCACUUGUUUGUUUGUCUCUUUCCUUGUUUGUUUCGAUCACUCAAUUCAAAAAUGGCCCACUGAGCUCAAACUUCAAUCCCUAAUUGAUUUCGAAUCAAAGUGUAAGUGGAUGUUGUUUCACAUUCCAAGUUAAAAUCACAUUUUAAAGUCUUAAUCCGGUUAUAGCCUAUGGAUCUAGUACAAAACACUUGCAAGAGUAAAAUAACUUUUCAAAUCGUAAUUUCUGAAGAGUUUGAGCCAGAGCGACAUUUGUAUGCAUUUUUCACGUUCAAAAACUAUUUUUCCGGCACACUUCUUACGAAAAAUGUACUUAAUCAGAAAGAUAACCUUCUUGGUUGGUGCCAAAAACUUGUGUAUUUAUUUGAUCCGGUGCCAGCCAGUUUGGAUCAACAGUAGUAUACAGUGCGGAACGUAAAUGAAACACUUGCAGUGAAGUACAAAUAUUUUAACUACACACCCACAAGAGAAGAAGCACUCACGACACAGCAGCAGAUUGCAUAUAGACAAGUAAACCGAGGAUGUGUAUUAGCCAAAAAGUUAAUGGAAAAAUAAGCGAAACUAAGCAAAUCUCAAUACAGUUACUACGCCAGAGGGUAGCAUAUUAUUAAUGCGUUUUGUUGGCCCGUAAGGCAGAACAAUUUGGUAAACAAUAACGUAACAACAUAUAAAUAAUUAAGCAACCUUCACAGCAAACAAGGAGUUUUUAUUUUGCCAUUGAUUUUCUCGGUCUCACUCACUCUCUCUCUCUCUCUCUAUCUAUUUUUCUUGACACACUAAAUCGAAUAAGAAAAUAUAAAACAAUAAGUUUAUAAAGAAAAAGUUGCAAUAAAUGACAAACAAAUGAAAUUAAAUCACUCAGGGAUAAAGCCUCCAAAAGAAAAACAUAAAAUAAAAAUGCAAUAUUUUAAACGAAGUGAAAAAAGAAAAGAAAAAUGAAACAAAACAAAAGAAAAGAAAAGAAAAGAAAAAUUUAAUCUAAUGAGGAAGUACAUUUUAAAGUUACAAAUAUUUUAGAAUAAUACGAGAAGAACAAACUAAAAAUGUUUUAGAAAUUUGCACAAAUUUUGGCAUUUUAUAAACGCAAAACGAACCAUCAUCAACCAACUAAAAUGCAUAACGAACGAACAAACAAAUGACGAAAUAGAUACAUAUUUUCUCACACUUCAUUGGCUUAUCGAAGGUAUAAAAUCGACAAUUACAGGAUAGAUCUAGAUCGCAACACAGCCGAACCGACGACGAUCGACUUCACAGGCUGCUGGCAAACGGUCCGUGCAACUUUUAGUGCAUUUAAAUAAAUUAUAAACACAAAAACAAAAGCAAACACAAAAAUGAUCGAAGGAGCGUAAGCGAAACAUAAGCAGUUCAUAUUUACAGGAGCUAAAUAAGUAAUGCGGGGGGUUUGCGGCCAAAGAGAAGUUAAAUUGUAGUUAGAGGUGGAUGGAUUAAUACCCUAGGAUGGCAUUUAGGGCAAGGAUCAGACGAAAAGGGCGCGUAGCAUUACACCUUUUACAUUAAACGACGAUACGAUGCCGCGCAUCCAAUUUGAAACUGUACGUAUUGAAUUUAUGUUUAGUGUCUGCAGCAUGCGGGGGAUGUGAAGGAAGGAAGGAGGGAAGAAAAAGGAUCGACGGGCGAAGAGCUAAAUACAUUUAAGGGUUAGAUUUUCUGCGAAAGGACUGAAGUUAAGGCAACGUAGCGUUUAAAUGCAAAAUUGAAUUGAAUUGAAUUGAUGACGAAACCGAGUGUUAUGGAUAAUGGAGCGUGCGCGAAUGCGAUUGGUGACGAAAAUUACUUGUUUUAAGGCUGGACUUAUGUAAUUUCGAGCAAAAACGAUAGUAGCGAAACAAAAACAUGUAAAAUGCAGAUAUAAUAUUUUUAUAAUUAAAACAAAGGUACCCCCACCCCACUACCCUUAUCUUAAUAUGUUUAAUUCAACUGCAAUUAUCGUUAAAGACGUAUUUACUGUUUGUGAUCCAAAUUCAUUGAUUAAACGUAAACUACACAAAGAUACAAUUGUUGCAUGGGCAAGGUUUGAAGUCCGGGUUCGCAAAGUACCCACAAGUACUCGAUCCCCGGGUCUCAAAGACGAGGAAAUCACGAGUCAAUAAGCCAGGUUUAAAACUUGCAGGUGCGUCGUCAAUGGCUCGCAAUAUUUUCCGGUCGGGCCAAAUCCGAAAAUGGCCUGCCCGAAAAUUAUACACACCUUACAGGACCGAGUGUUAAGAGUACUUUUGGACUCUCUGCGAACCCAUAGAAAUAGAGCAGGAACAGUAAAUUGUACUUAAUUGAAAAAUGAUAUAAU